UUUUAUAUUCAGUUUAUAUGUUACUGCAGAUGAAGAAUGUAAAGGUGAGAGUAAAAGUGUUCCUGUAUAAGCAGAAGUUUUUCACAGCAAGUCAAAUCUAUUUCUGCUGAGAAAACAUAAAUGAGAGACGGUUUCAGAACAUGAAGGGGAAACAGGAAGAAAUGUCACUGAAUUCUAAGAUGAGACUCACAUUUAUAUGCAGUGAGUUAUCUCUAACUUCCCGAUGUUCUGCUAGAUUUCACUGAAGACAUUGAAAGAAGAGGAACUCAAGUUAUCAUUGGAGACGAUGCUUGACACUGACACACCGACACACAUCCACAGACUUAGACCUCAAUUUGCGGUUGUAGGAUGUUUCCAGGUGAUUUUGUUUUUCAUACACAUUGCUCAGCUCAUCAUGGGAGCAUUGAACCUCCAUGACUGUCCCAGGGAGCCCUUUAUUCCCAUCUACCUGCUGGUGAUUGGAGUGGUGACCUUGCUGUUCUCCAUCCUUCAGUGGCUCAAAGCCACAUUCAACUGCUGGAGCGCCUGGAGCUGCCUCGUUUCACUCUUCGUCUUCUGCUGGUUCAUUGCUGGAAACGUGUGGAUCUACUCCGUCUAUGAGCCCAACUACAAUAAGACAGCGAGCCCGGAUAUGUACUGCAACAAAACACUCUACCUGUUUGCCUUCUGGACCAUGAACCUGAACUACAUCCUUUUAGGCUUCUUGCUCUUCUGUCCCUGUUGCUCGUGCUUUUUUGUUUUGCCUUUACCCUAUGGUGAAUAAACAAAAAGCAAUGAA